UUUUCUUAUAAAAUAAAUUGACAAAUAAAUAUUUUAAUAUAAUUAAAAUAUUGCCUACCAAUAAAAGAUACAAAUAAGUGUGAAUUAAAUAAGAUAAAUGUAGGUGUUCAGCUUAAAAACCGUAAUAAAACAAGUGGUGUUUAAACUUUUUGGAUAUGCGACACACAAAGUGGCUUUAAUAAGAAAAAAUCUGAUAAGGAAAAAAAGAGUUCUCUUGAUGCUUUAAAUAUAAUCAUUUAACACAUCGAAAAUCAAAAAUCCUACGAAUUGGCAGAGCAUCCUUUGUGCACCCAGACCCUUAAACACCAAAUUGCAGCGAAGAUUUAUAAGAUUGAAAUCUUUAAAUAAUAUUUAACAUAAAAGAACUUACAAAGACAUAUGAUCUCAAAAUUAAUUUCAAUGGAAAACAGAAAAACAAAAGCCGUCAAAAUGAAAUCAAAAUACCAAAACACCCCAACCUAUUUAAAAACAUACUUCCGAUUAUCGUUUUCUACGUAAGCUUGUGGUUGCAAAACUACACUUCGUAUCUUAGGAAUAAAUUUAGACUAAUUAAUAUAAAGCUCAUAAAGAUAAUAAAUAAUAAUGAGCAUUAUAACAAAAAUUCAAAAACACAUUCUGUGAUCUUUUAUUGCGUCACAAAAAAUGUGUUUAUGUUGAAAUGUUACAAAAGCAGAUUUAAUCAAAUACUACUCAAAUUAUAUCAUCAUUCAAAGAGCAAAGGAUUUUUUUCUAUCAAAAAUAAAGUAAUUUCAUUACGAAACUAUUUUAAAAGAAUUAGAAUAAAUGUACGGUUACAUUUCUUUAUAAAUGUAAUUAUAGUAUUGAUGAGUAUUUGGAGAUAUAAUCAAAAUCGAUCUACAACAGUUGAUAGUAGUUUAAGAACGAAAAGUACAAAACGAGCAACAACAUCAAAAUCUAAAUGUAUACUUUUCCGAAUCAUUGUCUUGUUGAUUUCUACGACACUUUUAACUCCUGUCUCCAGCACGGCAACACCAUUUCAUACGAAUUCUAAGUAUGGAACCAAUACGAUUAAAACUAAAUAUGGACUAUUAAGAGGAAUUGUUGUUAGGUCUUCGCCGCUGGUUGAAGCAUUUUUAGGAAUACCAUACGCAUCGCCACCUAUCGGAAGUUUGAGGUUUAUGCCUCCAAUAACCCCUUCUCCAUGGAAAAACAUACGAAAUGCUGACAGGUUUUCCCCAGUAUGUCCCCAAAUAGUUCCCAUGCCACCAAAUGGCCCAGAAGCCCUUCUUGAAGUUCCAAGAGCUCGCCUGGUGCAGUUUCGCCGACUUUUACCACUGCUUGGUAAUCAAUCUGAGGAUUGCUUAUACUUAAACAUUUAUGCCCCAAUUAAAUCCACUCAGCCAAACAAUAGUUAUCAAACUCAUUCCAAGCUGCAGCAUACUGCCGAUACUGCUAACUUAUCAACAAUCUUGUAUAUUCAUGGUGAAUCAUAUGAAUGGAACUCAGGGAAUCCAUAUGAUGGCUCAGAACUUGCUGCUCGUGGAAAUGUUAUAGUCGUUACCAUAAAUUUUCGUCUUGGAAUAUUAGGUUUCUUAAAAACUGGUGGAAAAGAAAGUGCUCAGGGUAAUUUUGGUCUUAUGGACUUGGUUGCUGGUCUUCAUUGGCUGAAAGAGAAUCUACCAGCUUUUGGUGGAGAUUCGAAUAAAAUAGCAGUGAUGGGACAUGGAACUGGUGCUGCCUUAGCAAAUAUUUUAUUAGUUUCACCAGUUUCAAGUGAUCUUAUAAAAAGAGCAAUUCUUGUGAGUGGAUCAGCACUUUCACCAUGGGCAAUACAAAAAUUUCCACUCUUGGUCAAAAGACGAGUGGCAGAACAAACAGGAUGUCAUGGUGAUCUUCUCAUUGAUGAUCUUGCACCUUGCUUACGGACUAAGAAACUAUCGGAAUUGCUUGCUGUUAAAAUCGAUUAUCCAAGAUUUCUCGCUGGUUUUGCCCCAUUCGUAGACGGAACAGUAAUAUCUCUCAACAGAGAUGUAUUCAAAACUUUGAAACUACCAACAGAAUCUGCAAUUUUAAGUGCGUCAGGAAUUGAGUUUGCUAAUUUUCCAAAGCAGGAUCUAAUAUUUGCUUUAACCUCUGUGGAAUCUUAUUUGGAUUUGAGUGCCCAAGACUUGGAAUUUGGAUUAAAUGAAACACGAAAGGAUCGCAUUCUCAGGACUUAUGUUAGAAAUGUAUUUCGUUAUCACUUGAAUGAAAUAUUUGCUGUAUUAAAGAAUGAAUACACCGACUGGGAAAAGGCCAUACGAAAUCCACUGAGUUCUAGGGAUGCGACGUUAUCAUUUCUGAGUGAUGGGCACACUGCAUCACAUCUGAUUAAAAUCGGUUAUAUGCACAAUCUCUGCGGUGGAAAGAGCUAUUUUUUACAUUUUAAGCAUAAAACGGAAGAAGAUGAAUAUCCAAUGAGAUCAGGUUCAGUUAGAGGAGAAGAUGUCCCUUUUUGGUUUGGUCUUCCAGUUUCACCACUCUUCCCACAAAAUUAUUCCUCUCAAGAGAGAAAUUUAAGUUUAAUUAUGGUAAAACAUUUAUCAAAUUUUGUUAAAACGGGUGAUCCAAACAACUCUAGUGAUUCGAAUAUGAAUAAUGAGGAAUUAACAUCAGAAGAAAGUGAAGACUUAAAUCAUUCUUUUAGAAAACGUUCAAAUCUUGAAAAACAUUUAGAAAUAAACAAUACUGCGCUGGUGAAAACUUUUCACCGUGAAGAAAAGUCUUCAACAGUUUCUUCGAAUCUGAAUUCCAUUGAAUACGAGCAUAAAAUAUUAAGAAGGAAACGUUCAAACUUACAGUUCGGACAUGUGAAAUUCAAAAGAAAUAUGGGCAAAGAAGCACUUUUCAGAAAUGCAAAGUUAAAUCGAAAACACACAAAUUCUGUUACUGACAUGCUCAAUGAUGAAAUGGACAAGAGAUCACAUGGUUCAGAUAGUUUGCCUUUUUGGGAGACGUAUGACUCAGUUAAUCAAUUAUAUCUGGAACUAGGAAACGAUGCCGGAAUUCAUAGUCAUUACAGAGGUCAUAAACUUUCAAUGUGGCUUAAUCUUAUACCUCAACUUCAUAAGCAUACUAGAAUAAAUGAAAUGCCUUUAAAGCAUCAUCAGUUUACGGAGGAUAACGCACAGUUAUUUGAUGGAGUUGUACGGCCUUAUUUACAAAAUAUGCCUUUGGAUGAUGAGGGCCAGUUUUCUAUCAAAACCCUAAGAAGUAUGAGGAACUCAGCCAAGCCACCAGUUCAAUCAGACGCAAGCAGUUUCCAACAAGAGGAAUUUAUCACUGAUUGUGGUAUUAAUACAACUCAGUUUGACAAUGUCGUAUUUCAUACAACAUUCGUCAACAGCUCUAAUUCAUCAGAGAACUUACCAAACGUUCUAGGAAAUCUUGAAGUACUUCGACGACUAACCGGCAAACAACUUCAAAGUUAUACAGCUGCAUUUAUGGCAACCGUUGCAGUCGGAUGUUUUCUACUUGUUCUGAACGUAAUAAUAUUCGCAGGAAUAUACCAUCAACGUGAAAAAAGAGCCAAAGAUAAUAAAAAGAAGGAACAACUUGAAGAACACGAGAUUUUUCUAAACAUUCCUGCAAAAAGUGCACUCAGUAUCGAUUGCCCACAAACAGAAACGGAAAAAUUGUCUCCACCUGGAAGUAAUUUUUUCGAUCAAAACACUAGCCAAUCAUCUGAAAAGGACCAUUAUGUAGACACAGAAAAUAAAAUGUUUAGCGAAAUGGGUUGGGUUUGUAGUACAACAACUCUAGAUCUCUUGAAUAUAAAAUCAUCUAGAGACAAUUUAAGUGGAAGCACAUGUUCGGUACCACAUGACAAUACACCAUUCAAACAUGACAGUCAUGAUGGUUUAAUACAAAAAACCCAUCCUAGUCCUAAAAACGAGAUGUCAUAUCAAGAAAUCAACGAUCCUAGUGGCUCAUCAAAAAGUGAUGGAAAAGUCUUCGACAAUAAUAAUCCAAAGCUAUUGUCUAAUCCCACUUCCAAGCCUAAUCAGCAAAAUCAGGGUGGUAUUCUAAGAAUUGCUGGAGGAACUUCAACAAAUUCUGGAAACAAAAAACGCGUAUUCAUCCAAGAAAUUUCUGUGUAGUACUUAUGUAUGUAUAUUUUUUUUUCUUCUUCUCUUGUAUGAAUUUCUAUAUAAUCAAAGGCAAACAUAAACGCCCACCUAGUAUCUUCGCUGUAUUGCUCAAUUGACUGCAUACUAUUAAGAUUUUUUUAAUGUGAAAGUGUUAUCAGCUGUUAAAUAAAUAUUAUAAAAAACAAUUUAA